GAGAGGAGCUGGGAGUGGGGGGGGAGUAAGAAGGAGAGGGAGAGGGGGAAGGGGAAGGGGAUGGAGAGGGGCUCCUGGGCUGAUUGCACUAGCGGGGAUUAUUCUGGCACCCAGGAAACCGGCGGGGAGGAGAGCUUUGGUGGCUCUACUGCUGGACAAAAACAACCUGUGGUCCAAGCGAGAAGUAGGGACGCGCCAGCAGCCAACCGCAACGACCCCAUCGCGUCUGAGAAAAAGACGGAAAGUUGUUUCUCGGGGCCCCCCAGCCCGGCCUUCUCUCUCGACAGCAACAGCCCCUUCGCCAACGGCUUCCUCCACUUUGAAUCCUCUUUGUUCGACGACGACGACGACGACAACGAUGAAGAGCAGGAGGCUGCGUCACCUGUUGGGGAGGGCUUGCAGGACAAACGCGAGAAUGCGGGGAAUGUUCUUCAGUCCACUCCUGGACACUUGAAUUCGGAGUCCAAGGAUGUUACGCUGUCGUCAGCCAAGGUGGUCACCCGGUCCCAGUCCUCGGGUCAGCGCCGGAGAUACUGGGACGGCUCGGAUGACGAGUGGGAGAGCGACACCGAGCUGCUCCUGCUUGGGGAUUGUCCCUCAAUGCAUUCAUCGAACAGCCUCAAGAAAAAGUAUUUGCCGCCUGUGAAGUUUUUAGAGGGUGAAGUUAUCUGGGCAAAGUUCAACCGAAGACCAUGGUGGCCCUGUGAGGUGACCGUUGACCCGACACAGGGAAUCUAUCACAGAGUAAAAGAGCCGAGUGAUCGUCCCUGUCGGCUCUACCAUGUCAGGACCUUUGGGGAGCCUGUGGAGCUAACCUGGUUGGAGGACAAAGCAACUCACAGUUUCCACGGAGGCUUUGAAUUUGAACAGCUCCCCCUACUUCGCCGGAGGGGGAAGCAAAGGGAGCAGAACUACAAAUACACUAUUGCAAAGCGUUUUCAGGACUCUUGGAAAUCCAGUGUGGCAGAAGCUGAGUCUGUUCUUCAACAGAGACCCAAAAUAGAUUCCUUCAUUCCUUCGUCCAUAGACGAUGCCUUCCAGGACAUUUCCACACCGAAGAGAGAGAACAAGGCCCAUCCAACCUUUUCUCCCUCCACUUCACCCACCCUUCCUGAGACAUUGCACAUUACCAAUGGAUCCAUUUCAUCCUCAGUUACAACUCCAACAAAGACAAGCACUUUAAGAAAAACGUCUGGCAAGAAGAAACCAAGUAAAUCGUCGAAGGACAUGAGUAGCAAACACUCAAAAAAGACGUUGCAUAAUAGCCCUGACCAAUCAGAUAGAGACAAUGGAGAAUGCCCGUAUUCUGACAUCGACUCAGUCCCUAAAAUAUUGUGUCCAAAAGCACUUGAACGUCAGUCAAAGCUGGUUCCCUCUCAGCCAUCUUUCACAGCUGUCAAAGAGGUGAAGAAGCAGCCAGAGAUUCAGAGUGGUCUUUGGUUCAGUAAAGCCAGCAAAGACAGGCGACCUAAAACGUCCAGUCCGGUGCCAGACCGCACUCUCUUUGGUAAGAUGCCCUGUAAGAAAAAGAACUCAUCUGUUUUAAGUAAAAAGUCACAGUUUCCUAGUGCGUCGUCCUCCAGUAGUGUGCCCAGUGACCAGUCAGGGUUGUCAGACAAGCAUAAGACUCUGGUACCUGCUGAAACAACUCCGUCGCUUGAACAGCCGGGACAUUUGAGGUGUAAAAACACCCCGGUUGUUGAUAGGCCCUUUGGUACAACUGUCAGUCCUGCUGAUCAGUCAAGAUUGUCAAACAAGCAGAGGUCACUUGUCACUGUUGAGACUGGUAUGCCAUCUGACAAGUGUGGAUAUUCAAAGGCUAGACAGACAGUGAGUAAUACAGCUGACAUUGUUACUGGCUCAACGUUGAACCAUUUGGGUUGCUCCGUUGUGAAAAAGGCCUUAAAGCCAAGUCCAGUAGGUUUCAUUAAAAAAUCCAGGUUGAGUGUAAAGAGAGUCAGUCAAACUCAGCAUUCUGACUUUAUUGCUGAUAAAAAAGUCCAUGUAAUUGACAAUAUUUCUGAACAAGCAGAAGAAAAAGAAAGUAACAAGACUGCAGCGUCCACUUUAAAAGAUGACACUACUGACCCAUUAGCAAUUCUAGACAAACAAAGAAGGCUAGUUUCUAAGUGUAGGCUGCCCUAUGUCAAAUUGAUACGCAAAGACAUAAAGAGUAAGAAGGUUCUGAACUCUAGUGUAACCAUUAGUCCCAAUGACCAACCUAGAUGUUCAAAGAAAGGAAAAACACCAGAUACUACUGUGACUAAAGUGUCUUCUAAACAAUCAGAUCUGGUUGACGGCAAAUCGAGUGUCUCCAUUGAUCAGGCCGUCAGUUCAGAAUCCAUAAAGGUCUCAGUUAAGAAGUUAAAAGCAAGUGGCGGGAGUGGUAUUCUUCGUCUCUCGUCAGAAUCAUGUCAAAGUAAAACUAUAGUUGCCUCAGAUGCGGCAAGUGUGUCUGAUGAGUUAGGUAGCCCAGAAACUGUAAAUGUAAGCCCAAGUAAUGUGACUUACUCAUCAUCUAACCAAUCAGAACAGUCAGAAUGUAAGAAGACCCCUGCAGCCAAAGUAACAAGCAUGUCCUCUGACCAGUUAGGCAGUUCAGAGCAAAAACUUACAUCUACUAGUACAACUUUUAAUACUUUUAAAACUCCUCCACCUUCUCAGCUGCAUGGAAAUUUAGUAUGUAGGAAAGCUCCUGUGCCUGAAGGCCUGUGUUCCGCUAAAUCCAAGAAAGUUGUCCACAAAUCAAAGCAGUUUCUUGAUGAGGUCAAUAAAGCCCUACUUCAAGAGCAGCCUGCCCACCUCCCAGCCAGCAGUCGCUUGAUGACCAGAGCCCUGAAGGCCAUGCAGGAGGCGGAUCAGAAGAAGCGUGAAAAGGCCCGAAAGGACGCCGAGCAGAAAGAACUCUUAAAUCCACAUAGAAAAGCUGAGGACCCUGUGUUUAAUUCUGCACAUAAUUCCAAACUGGACUUCUGCACUAAAAGGAAAUCUCUUAAAUCUCCUAAUAACAAUGGCGACUGUGAUCAGGACAUUUUUUCUAGCUGUAGCACCCCCCCUUCAACGCUUUCUGGCUCGGUUGACUUAGAUGUUGGUGUCAAGAGCGAAGAUGAAGAUCUCUCAAUAUCCUCAACUCCACCAAUGGACUUUAUACCUCUAACUUCUAGGGUAAAGGCAAUGAAGGAAGAUCAUUCCUCUGACGUGCACUCCUCGUCAUCCCCUUCCUCACCAUUUUCUUUCAUGAAUGCCUUUAAAAACGUGGAGGAGGUCUCCUUCCAGUCCCUGGCAAAUGUUGGCAAUGGUAAACCCAUCUCUUUCACACCAGACACAAACUACAAGUUCAGCACUUUUCUCAUGAUGUUGAAAGACUUGCAUGACACCAGAGAGCGAGACGGGACCCCAUUAGAACUGGAAAUUGGGCUACCAGGUUCACAUGUUAAGGAGGAACCCUUAGUGAUGCCUGGGGAGGCGACGCCAAGUCCAGACAAAAUCAAAAUCAAACACAGUGAGGAGAGCACAAGUCAGGUGUCCAAAAGGCCCUAUAACAGAAGGGGCAGCUCCGCUGGGGUGAAAAAGAAAGCCAACUGCAAAGUGCCUUGUCGUCCUGCCAGGUCUGGACCUGGCUUCCCAGGACUGGAGUCCAUGCCAUCAAUGGACUCUUCAUCCGGAGUGGAUUGCUCAUCAAGAGUCCGGUCCCUGUUGGGCAAACAGACCAGCAGCUGGCAAAGGCAAUCUUUAGGUGUUGAAGGAGUAGUUAGGGAGGAGAUGGAGGAGGAUAGGUGGGGCAGAGUAAAUGAGAAUCUACAGAACAUGGUGCCCUUGGAGCAGAGGGGGUGCGAUACUACGCUGCGUCUGGAACAGCCAAAUGGCCUUGCUGCAGACUUCACUGAGACUAACACAAGCUUGGUGCACAAGGCUGGAGAAGGCGACAAGGCUCCAAAAGCACAUAAACGAAUUAGAAAACCAAGCAAGAGGUUGAUUGAAUGGACUGAAGAGUAUGAUCAGAUUUUCUCCACCAGGAAGAAAACUAAAAAGCCUCUCCAGUUGAUUGGAAAGGACACUCAGCCCAUCACGGCCACGUCCGAACCCCCGGGAUCUGACAGCAGCGCACCCGACCACCCAUCUGUGAACCUGCUUCCUGAAAUACAGACGCCACCUCCUGAGGAAAUUGCUGCAACAACACCCUCUGAACUACAAAUUCCCAGCACUGAAAACACAUCCCCCCAAGAUGCACCGGCGCUUUCCAUAGACACACUAACACCUCCUCCUGAAUCUGACCUCUCGCUGUCCGAAGGCCUCGUCAAAGGCAACGGAAACGUUCCCGUGCUGGAGAAGAAGCGGAAGAGGAAACCCACUCAGAAGAUCCUGGAGUAUUGUAUGGAGGCAGAGGCCUCAACGGGCCCCAAGAAGAAGGUGAAAACGGUGAAAAACAACUUGAAUCCUGAUCCUCAAUCAGAUUGUGGACCGCCAUCUUUAAAAUCAAAGAGUAAGCAGCUUAUAGCCUCCAGCUCCACGCCAACACCCACAGAGGCGUCCAUCUGUACGCCUGCAGAUCCCACACCCAGCCCUCCUGCACCCUCCACUCCAGCGCCGGCGCCGCCUGAACCCGCCCAUGUGGAGACGGCACCGAAAGACGUUGAUCCUCCUCCUGCAGAAGACAAAAGGGAAACAGCAGAGUCAGAGGGCGACCUGUCCAGCUUGGAACACAGCUUCUCUCCCAUGAAGGACUACUUGUCGCUGUGUGACGAUCCGCUUUUACCCUCCAGGAAGAUCAUAGGAGACAGAGGAGGUCCCGCCUCCAUGAAGGAGAACAUAUGUCAGGUGUGUGAGAAGACGGGGGAGCUGCUGCUCUGUGAGGGCCAGUGCUGCGGAGCCUUCCACCUGCCCUGCAUCUCUCUGGCCGAGGCCCCGAAAGGGAAGUUUGUCUGUCCGGAGUGCAAAUCAGGCCACCACACCUGCUUUGUUUGUAAAAAGCGCAGUGAGGAUGUGCGUCGCUGUAUGAUUCCUGUGUGUGGGAAGUUUUACCACGGCGAGUGUAUCGCCAACUUCGCCCCGACCGCACCCGUUAACCGAGGCUUCCGCUGCUCCAUCCACGUCUGUCUCACCUGCUUCAUCGCCAACCCCAACAGCUCGUCCAUCUCUAAAGGUCGUCUGGUUCGGUGUGUGCGCUGCCCGGUAGCCUAUCACGCCACGGACCUCUGCAUGGCAGCAGGCUGCGUCGUCCUCUCAAACAACAGCAUCAUCUGUCCAAACCACUUCACCGCCCGCCGCGGCGUCAAGAACCACGAACACGUCAACGUCAGCUGGUGCUUCGUCUGCACUGAAGGGGGCAGUCUGCUGUGCUGUGAGUCCUGUCCUGCUGCGUUCCACCGGGAGUGUCUGAAUAUGGAGAUGCCUAAAGGCAGCUGGUACUGCAACGACUGUAAGGCUGGGAAGAAACCUCGCUUCAAGGACAUCCUCUGGGUGAAGGUCGGCCGGUACAGGUGGUGGCCAGCGGAGGUCAGCCAUCCCAAAACGAUCCCGGAGAACAUCCAGCGGAUGAAGCACGAUGUCGGGGAGUUUCCCGUUCACUUCUUCGGCUCCAACGAUUACCUGUGGACGUACCAGGCCAGGGUCUUCCCUUAUAUGGACGUGGACGCCAACAGCAAGGAGAAGAUGGGGAAAGGCGUCGAUGCCACCUACAAGAAAGCUUUGGAGGAGGCGGCUGUUCGGUUUCGUGAGCUGCAGGCGGAGAAGGAGCUCCGGCAGCUUCAGGAGGACAGGAAGAACGACAGGAAGCCUCCUCCGUACAAACAUAUUAAGGUGAAUCGACCAAUAGGGAAGGUGCAGAUCUUCACGGCCGACCUGUCAGAGAUCCCUCGGUGUAACUGCAAGGCGACAGAUGAGAGUCCGUGUGGGAUGGACUCUGAGUGCAUCAACCGCAUGCUGCUGUACGAAUGUCACCCGCAGGUUUGCCCGGCGGGCGAGCGCUGCCUCAACCAGGCGUUCAGCAAGCGUCAGUACAGCCAAGUGGAGACCUUCAGGACGCUGUCUCGAGGCUGGGGACUCCGCUGUGUCCACGACAUCAAGAAGGGUCAGUUCGUGAGCGAGUAUGUCGGGGAGGUGAUUGACGAGGAGGAGUGCAGGUCCAGGAUCAGACACGCCCAGGAGAACGACAUCUGUAACUUCUACAUGCUGACUCUGGAUAAGGAUCGAAUCAUCGACGCCGGGCCGAAGGGGAACGAGGCUCGCUUCAUGAACCACUGCUGUCAGCCGAACUGUGAGACCCAGAAGUGGACGGUGAGCGGAGACACCCGGGUGGGACUGUUCGCGCUCGUCGACGUCGCCGCAGGCGUAGAGCUCACCUUCAACUACAACCUGGAGUGUUUGGGGAACGGGAAGACGGUCUGUAAAUGUGGGGCACCAAACUGCAGCGGCUUCCUGGGCGUCAGACCAAAGAACAACCCGCCACCUGACGACAAAGGCCGUAAACUGAAGAGGAGGGGCCACGGCAAAAAGAAGAAGAAGGUGGUGGUGACCAAAGAACGAGAGGACGAGUGCUUCAGCUGCGGAGACGGAGGACAGAUGGUCUCCUGUAAGAGACCCGGCUGUCCCAAAGUCUACCACGCCGACUGCCUCAACCUCACCAAGAGGCCUGCAGGUCGUUGGGAAUGUCCGUGGCACCAGUGUGACAUAUGUAACAAGGAGGCGGCGUCCUUCUGCGAGAUGUGCCCGAGCUCCUACUGCAACCAGCACCGCGAGGGCCUGCUCUUCAUCUCCAAGCUGGACGGCAAGCUGUGCUGCAGCGAACACGACCCAUGUGGGCCCGAUCCCCUAGAACCAGGGGAGAUCCGGGAGUACACGCCCGAACCCAGAGCCCUGCCCUCGGGGCUGGGCAUGGCCGUCAUCCCCUCUGCUGCUUCUGACACCACCACCAGUCAGACACCGACCGCCGGGAAGGUCCAGGAGAUCAGCGCCGGCGCUGGAACGUCUGCCUCCAAAUCACUUCCUGCGUUUUCCAUCCCGGUUCCCAUCACCAUCCCCGUCACCCCUCCAUCUUCCUCACCUCCCGCCUGCAGCUCGGACGCUCCCAGCAGCAGCUCGCCAGCGUACGACCUCCCGCACUACUCGCCCAUCUCCUCGUAUGAGGAGGAACGGGAUGUCUUAGAGGAGGAAGACGAUGAUGAGGAGGAGGAGGAGGAGGAGGAGGAGCUGCUGGAGGAAGUGGAGGAGGAGUCAGAGGAAGAGGGCGAGCUGGGGAGGCAGAAGUCAGUUUCUCCCGAAGAGGAAGGAGAGGCUGUGAUGGAAUAUCUUGAGAUCAAAGAGGACGAGGAGGAAGACGAUGAAGAGGCAGACGAGGAGGAGGACGGAGAUGAAAACGAGGAGGAAGACGACGAGACUGACGAGGAGGAGGAGGGAGGAGGAGGAGGAGGAGGAGGAGGAGUGACCCGAAGUGGAUUAUUAUUACAACCUCAGCCCUCCCAGUGAAGAUGAACCAAUCACAAGUAGACCAGUCUGUCACUGUACGGAGGAAACUUUAGGACAAAACUAAAUCGACGCAUAAAUAAAGUGUUCAUAAAUCUAAUAGAUAAACAGCAUAAAUACUGUAUAGAACCAUAUUUAUACACAGACUUUUCCUUUUAUUAUUUAUUUAGUUUUGUCCUAACUAUCGGUUCCACGCUCGGUUCAUGACUCGGUGACUUUGCACACACACACACUAGCGCUGACUGCACCUUCAUGUGGGAGAUCUGACAAAGACAAUUAUCUGGAACUUCUACAUCGUGUACAACUUUGAGAUUUUAUGAACACAUUUCACUCCAGUAUACUUGUUUUUCGUCACCGAUAUCACCUGCCGGUUUUUGGUAUUUGUUCUCAGUAGUAUUUCAGCAAGUUGACCCUGCAAAAACGUGCAGUACGUAGUUGGAGACGGUCGUUGUAUCUGCAGAUCCGGUGUGUAUGCUGUAGGUGUUUUUCGUGCUAGAAAAAGAGACUGCACUGUACUGUAGCUUCCUGUCAAGGGUAGGGUGAACUCUUUAGUCUUCAGACCCACAAAAAUGAUCUUGACGUUUUUAAAAGAACCAGAAAAGAAACACGAUUAAAUCCGUCAUCUGCUCCACUCCAAAUGAGACAGAACCGGCUUCUACUGGACUGAAAUUUGUUCCUUGUGGUCAGUGGACUUUUUAAUAUUACAAUUUUACUUGAUACAGGAGUCAUUGCUUCCAUUUACUCUCCUCUGUCUCCAGUUCUCCGUGAUCAUUUGAUGGUGCUUCAACAUAAGAGUAUCUUCAAUAAAGUGUGAAGGUGCCACAUGAUUUGCUGCCUGGUGUAGCCUCAACGGGAGUUCACAUGACGAAGCUGGCGAUGGAAAGUAGCAGGGACAAUUUUAUUUAAAUUUGACCAUUUCAUGCCCCCCCCCCAAAAAAAAAAGGAUCUCAAAUUGAAGAGUCUUCAAUGUUUGCCUGAGAAUACUCUUCAUUCCUCAGAGAAAGUGUUUAUACAGUUUAUACCGCUAAAGCUGUCUGGUAGGUUAUUCAGCUGCUCCAUAAGGACACAGGUCGGACUCUCCAGACAAGCACUCAGUCUCGCCCUGGUGGUCUUGAAUGCAGAGAAAAGCACUACGUUGGCUCCGGUGUGUGUGCUGUGCUCUGUGGUCAUUAUUUAUAAACUGCUCUGUGACGCACAAAUGAUGACGGGGAAACAAAGAAAAGUCUACGAUGGGACGCUUGAAACAACGGGACACUUUCCAUGACGCUUACUCCAAUACAUGUUCUUGCCAACACGUGUUUUUUCGCGCUCUGUCUUCAAGCUUAAUAUUGUCUGUGUGUUAUCUGCCAAUGCCUUAGCGUGUAUUUCUUUGGAGAUAUUUUUAAGGAAUGGUUUGGCGCCUGCGAGAGCCAAGUGUCCCUACUAAUGCCUUUUUACAGUCGCCCAGACGAGCAGUGUUUCAUUCCAGUGUAAUUAUGACCUGUUAGAUCUCAACCAUUGACGUGUUAAAACAACUGCUAUAUAUAAAUAUAUAAGAAAAAGAAGUUAUGAAAUAAGCUUUGUACUGGCCUCUUUUUUUUUUAUUGUUUAUUGGUCCAACAUGAAAGCAACAUUGGAAAUUUAGAUCUUUGACUCUAGGCCUCUAUGGAAUUAUUUUUGAUGACAUAAUUAGGGCUUUUUAAUCAUAUAAAGCUUUAAAUUUGUUUAAUUAAAUGAAAUCACAAUUCAGCAUUCCAGGAAGAUUGUGUUACCUCUCAAGUGUUUUAAAACAUCUAAAAAAUUGAUAAGGAAUCAAUGUUUUCUCAACCACAACAACCCUGACAAGCCCUUGCCAAAGUGCCAAAUGUUAAUUAGCAUGACUUGAAAAGUUGUUGCUGAAUGCUAUU